AUGAAUCGCGACCUACUUGCAUGGCUGUGCACAGCCUUCUUAGCGGUAGGGUACCUGCACCUCUGCCGGCUCAUCGGCAGCCGGGGAGGGCUCCCCCGAUACCUCACACGCAAGAUCAUUCAUAUCGGUACGGGACCAAUCUUCAUGCUGUGCUGGCCCAUGUACUCGGAGUCCCACUGGAGCUCGGUCUUGUGUUCAUCGGUGCCUGCCCUCGCCACGCUGCAAUUCCUGGCGGUCGGCAGCGGCUGGAUCUCUGACCCCAAGCUGGUCGCCACCUCCUCGGUAUGGUGUACUGAUCCCAACGUGCCCAACCCCGUGCAGCGAACCGGGCUGAGACAGGAGCUCCUGACCGGGCCGGUCCUGUAUGGCCUGGCGCACGUCGCGGCUGCCGCGCUGGGCUGGCGGCGCUCGCCGACCGCAGUGGUCGCGCUGUGCGCGCUGUGUGGCGGCGAUGGCGCAGCUGAGCUGGGGGGGCACUGGCUGCCUCGCGUCGCGCUCCCCUGGAACCGCCAGAAGACGCUGGGCGGCUCGAUCUCCGCCGCUGGCGGUGCUUUUCUCCUCAGCAGUGCUAUGCUGUCCUUCUUCGGAGGGCUGGGCUUCCUGUACCGCCCCAGUCCAAAGCUCCUGCUCGGCGCAGCCCUUGCGGCAGCAGGUGUGGAGUCCCUACCACUAGGGGCCUGGGACAAUGCUGCUCUGCCCCUGGCCAUCUGGGUAUAUGGCGUGGCGGCGGGCUGGCAGUGA